AGAAAAAGGCCGUUAACAGGGAAUCUCUCUCUCUCUCUCUCUUUUUUUUUUCUUUCUUCUUUUUUUUUUUUUGAAUAAAGAAGAAGAAGAAAUAAAGUACCUGUCAUCUUGACAAGUGGCGGAGCGGAGGAGUCAAGGAUUAUAAAUGAUCAGCGCCGGGCCGGUCGCCCUGUGAUUGGGCUCUCCCGCGAUCCGCACCGGGGGAAGGCAUGAGAGGCCAAUGAAAAUUGAACUCGGAGCAUAAUUUGUAACAAGCGGGACUGAUGUGCACCCGGAAGGAAUGAAGUAUGGAUGUGAAAGAACGUAGGCCUUACUGCUCCCUGACUAAGAGCCGACGAGAGAAAGAGCGGCGGUAUACGAAUUCCUCGGCAGACAAUGAGGAGUGUAGGGUCCCUACGCAGAAGUCUUACAGUUCCAGUGAAACCUUGAAAGCUUUUGAUCAUGAUUCUUCUCGACUGCUUUAUGGAAACAGAGUAAAGGAUUUGGUUCACAGAGAAGCAGACGAGUACACUAGACAAGGACAGAAUUUUACCCUAAGGCAGUUAGGAGUUUGCGAACCAACAACUCGAAGAGGACUGGCAUUUUGUGCGGAAAUGGGGCUCCCCCACAGAGGUUACUCUAUCAGUGCAGGGUCAGAUGCUGAUACUGAAAACGAAGCAGUGAUGUCCCCAGAGCAUGCCAUGAGACUUUGGGGCAGGGGGGUCAAAUCAGGCCGCAGCUCCUGCCUGUCCAGCCGGUCCAACUCAGCGCUCACCCUGACGGACACGGAGCACGAGAACAAGUCCGACAGUGAGACCGAGCAAGCUGCAAACAACCAAGGCCAGUCUACCCUGCAGCCUUUGCCACCUUCCCAUAAGCAGCACUCUGCACAGCACCAUCCAUCCAUCACUUCUCUCAAUAGGAACUCCCUGACCAAUAGAAGGAACCAGAGUCCGGCCCCGCCGGCUGCUUUGCCCGCCGAGCUGCAAACCACACCCGAGUCCGUCCAGCUGCAGGACAGCUGGGUCCUUGGCAGUAAUGUACCACUGGAAAGCAGGCAUUUCCUAUUCAAAACAGGAACAGGGACGACGCCACUGUUCAGCACUGCAACCCCAGGAUACACAAUGGCAUCUGGCUCUGUUUAUUCGCCGCCUACUCGGCCACUGCCUAGAAACACCCUAUCAAGAAGUGCUUUUAAAUUCAAGAAGUCUUCAAAGUACUGUAGCUGGAAAUGCACCGCGCUGUGUGCUGUAGGGGUCUCCGUGCUCCUGGCAGUGCUCCUGUCAUAUUUUAUAGCAAUGCAUCUAUUUGGCCUCAACUGGCAGUUACAGCAGACUGAAAAUGACACAUUUGAGAAUGGAAAAGUGAAUUCUGAUACCAUGCCAACAAACACAGUAUCAUUACCUUCUGGCGACAGUGGAAAAUUAGGUGGAUUUACACAAGAAAAUAACACCAUAGAUUCUGGAGAACUUGAUAUUGGCCGAAGAGCAAUUCAAGAAGUUCCUCCCGGGAUCUUCUGGAGAUCACAGCUCUUUAUUGAUCAGCCACAGUUUCUUAAAUUCAAUAUCUCUCUUCAGAAGGAUGCAUUGAUUGGAGUAUACGGCCGAAAAGGCUUACCACCUUCCCAUACUCAGUAUGACUUCGUGGAGCUCCUGGAUGGCAGCAGGCUGAUUGCAAGGGAGCAGCGGAACCUCCUGGAGCCUGAAAGGGCAGGGCGGCAGGCAAGAUCCAUCAGCCUUCACGAGGCUGGCUUUAUCCAGUACUUGGAUUCUGGAAUCUGGCAUCUGGCUUUUUACAAUGAUGGGAAAAAUGCAGAGCAAGUGUCUUUUAAUACCAUUGUUAUAGAGUCAGUGGUGGAGUGCCCCCGGAAUUGCCAUGGCAACGGAGAGUGCGUUUCUGGAACUUGCCAUUGUUUUCCAGGCUUUCUGGGUCCAGACUGUUCAAGAGCAGCCUGUCCAGUGCUAUGCAGUGGCAAUGGGCAGUACUCCAAGGGCCGCUGCCUCUGUUUCAGUGGCUGGAAGGGGACCGAGUGUGACGUGCCAACUACCCAGUGCAUUGACCCACAGUGUGGGGGGCGUGGGAUUUGUAUCAUGGGCUCUUGUGCUUGCAACUCAGGAUACAAAGGAGAAAACUGUGAAGAAGCUGACUGUCUGGACCCUGGAUGUUCUAAUCAUGGUGUGUGUAUCCAUGGGGAAUGUCACUGCAACCCAGGAUGGGGUGGUAACAAUUGUGAAAUACUAAAGACCAUGUGCCCAGACCAGUGCUCUGGUCACGGAACGUAUCUCCAAGAAAGUGGCUCCUGUACGUGUGACCCUAACUGGACUGGCCCAGACUGCUCAAAUGAAAUCUGUUCCGUGGACUGUGGCUCCCACGGUGUGUGCAUGGGGGGCACUUGUCGCUGUGAGGAGGGCUGGACGGGCCCAGCGUGUAAUCAGAGAGCGUGCCACCCCCGCUGUGCGGAGCACGGGACCUGCAAGGACGGCAAGUGCGAGUGCAGCCAGGGCUGGAACGGAGAGCACUGCACCAUCGAAGGCUGCCCUGGUCUCUGCAACAGCAAUGGAAGGUGUACACUGGACCAAAACGGCUGGCAUUGUGUUUGCCAGCCAGGGUGGAGAGGAGCAGGCUGCGAUGUAGCCAUGGAGACCCUGUGCACAGAUAGCAAGGACAAUGAAGGAGAUGGACUCAUCGACUGUAUGGAUCCUGAUUGCUGCCUACAGAGUUCUUGCCAAAAUCAGCCCUACUGCCGUGGCUUGCCAGAUCCUCAGGAUAUCAUUAGCCAAAGCUUGCAGUCACCGUCUCAGCAAGCUGCCAAGUCCUUCUACGAUCGAAUCAGUUUCCUUAUAGGACCUGAUAGCACCCAUGUUAUACCUGGAGAAAGUCCUUUCAACAAGAGCUUGGCAUCCGUCAUCAGAGGCCAAGUGCUGACUGCUGAUGGAACUCCCCUCAUUGGAGUCAAUGUCUCAUUUUUCCAUUACCCAGAAUAUGGAUAUACUAUUACCCGUCAGGAUGGCAUGUUUGACUUGGUGGCAAAUGGUGGGGCUUCUCUAACUUUGGUAUUUGAAAGAUCCCCAUUCCUCACUCAGUAUCACACUGUGUGGAUUCCGUGGAAUGUCUUUUAUGUGAUGGAUACCCUAGUCAUGAAGAAAGAAGAGAAUGACAUCCCCAGCUGUGACCUGAGUGGGUUUGUGAGGCCAAAUCCCAUCAUUGUGUCAUCACCGUUAUCCACCUUUUUCAGAUCUUCUCCUGAAGACAGUCCCAUUAUUCCUGAAACACAGGUGCUCCAUGAAGAAACCACAAUUCCAGGAACAGAUCUGAAACUUUCCUACCUGAGUUCCAGAGCUGCGGGGUAUAAGUCAGUUCUCAAGAUCACCAUGACCCAGUCCGUGAUACCUUUUAAUUUAAUGAAGGUUCAUCUUAUGGUGGCCGUCGUAGGAAGGCUUUUUCAAAAGUGGUUUCCUGCCUCACCAAACUUGGCAUAUACUUUUAUAUGGGAUAAAACAGAUGCGUAUAACCAGAAGGUCUAUGGUCUCUCUGAAGCUGUUGUGUCAGUUGGAUAUGAGUACGAGUCAUGCUUGGACCUGACUCUGUGGGAAAAGAGAACUGCCGUUCUGCAAGGCUAUGAAUUGGAUGCUUCCAACAUGGGCGGCUGGACGCUGGAUAAGCACCAUGUCCUGGAUGUUCAGAAUGGUAUACUAUACAAGGGAAAUGGAGAAAAUCAGUUUAUUUCACAACAGCCUCCAGUUGUCAGUAGUAUCAUGGGCAAUGGACGAAGGCGCAGCAUAUCAUGCCCAAGUUGCAAUGGUCAAGCUGAUGGUAACAAACUCUUGGCUCCCGUUGCCUUAGCUUGUGGGAUCGAUGGCAGUCUGUAUGUAGGGGAUUUCAACUAUGUUCGGCGCAUAUUCCCUUCUGGAAACGUAACAAGUGUUUUGGAACUAAGCAGUAACCCAGCCCAUAGAUACUACCUUGCGACUGAUCCAGUCACAGGAGAUUUGUACGUUUCUGACACUAACACCCGAAGAAUUUAUCGCCCAAAGUCACUUACGGGAGCCAAAGACUUGACUAAAAAUGCUGAAGUGGUCGCAGGAACUGGCGAGCAGUGCCUCCCAUUUGAUGAAGCCAGAUGUGGGGAUGGAGGGAAGGCGGUGGAAGCAACGCUUAUGAGUCCCAAAGGAAUGGCGAUUGAUAAGAAUGGACUGAUCUACUUUGUUGACGGAACCAUGAUUAGAAAAGUGGAUCAGAACGGCAUCAUAUCAACUCUUCUGGGCUCCAAUGAUCUGACGUCAGCCAGACCUUUAACUUGCGACACUAGCAUGCACAUCAGCCAGGUGCGUCUGGAGUGGCCCACUGACCUAGCCAUUAACCCCAUGGAUAACUCCAUUUAUGUCCUGGAUAAUAACGUGGUGUUACAGAUCACCGAAAACCGUCAAGUUCGCAUCGCUGCUGGGCGGCCCAUGCACUGUCAGGUUCCCGGAGUGGAAUACCCCGUGGGGAAGCAUGCCGUGCAGACGACCCUGGAAUCAGCCACUGCCAUCGCUGUGUCCUACAGUGGGGUCCUGUACAUUACUGAGACGGACGAAAAGAAAAUUAACCGCAUACGGCAGGUCACAACAGAUGGGGAAAUCUCCUUGGUGGCAGGAAUACCUUCAGAGUGUGACUGCAAAAACGAUGCCAACUGUGACUGUUACCAGAGCGGAGAUGGCUAUGCCAAAGAUGCCAAACUCAAUGCUCCAUCCUCCCUAGCAGCUUCCCCAGACGGCACGCUGUAUAUCGCUGACCUGGGGAACAUCCGGAUCCGAGCCGUGUCCAAGAAUAAGCCUCUGCUGAACUCGAUGAGCUUCUAUGAAGUCGCCUCUCCCACGGAUCAGGAACUCUAUAUCUUUGACAUCAACGGUACUCACCAGUAUACUGUAAGCUUAGUCACCGGCGACUACCUGUACAAUUUCAGCUACAGCAAUGACAAUGAUAUCACCGCGGUGACAGACAGCAAUGGCAAUACUCUUAGAAUCAGAAGGGACCCGAAUCGGAUGCCUGUGCGAGUGGUGUCUCCGGAUAACCAAGUGAUAUGGCUGACAAUAGGAACAAAUGGAUGUUUGAAAAGCAUGACUGCCCAAGGACUGGAAUUAGUUUUGUUUACUUACCAUGGCAACAGUGGCCUGUUAGCCACAAAAAGUGAUGAAACUGGAUGGACAACAUUUUUUGACUAUGACAGUGAGGGUCGCCUGACAAAUGUGACGUUUCCAACCGGAGUGGUCACAAACCUUCAUGGGGACAUGGACAAGGCCAUCACGGUGGACAUUGAGUCAUCCAGCCGGGAAGAAGACGUCAGCAUCACUUCGAAUCUGUCCUCAAUCGAUUCUUUCUACACCAUGGUUCAAGAUCAAUUAAGAAACAGCUACCAGAUUGGUUACGAUGGCUCACUUCGAAUAAUCUACGCCAGUGGUCUGGAUUCACACUACCAAACAGAACCUCAUGUUCUGGCUGGCACAGCCAAUCCAACAGUUGCCAAAAGAAAUAUGACUCUUCCUGGUGAGAAUGGCCAAAAUUUGGUGGAGUGGAGAUUCCGAAAAGAGCAAGCCCAAGGAAAAGUGAAUGUCUUUGGUCGGAAACUUAGGGUUAACGGCAGGAACCUCCUCUCGGUGGACUUCGAUCGAACCACCAAGACGGAGAAGAUCUACGACGACCACCGUAAAUUCCUCCUGAGGAUCGCCUACGACUCGUCGGGGCACCCGACGCUCUGGCUGCCAAGCAGCAAGUUGAUGGCCGUCAACGUCACCUACUCCUCCACAGGCCAAAUUGCCAGCAUCCAGAGAGGAACUACUAGUGAGAAAGUAGAUUACGACGGCCAGGGGCGGAUUGUGUCUCGGGUCUUUGCGGACGGUAAAACAUGGAGCUACACGUACUUAGAGAAGUCCAUGGUUCUCCUGCUGCACAGCCAGCGGCAGUACAUCUUCGAAUACGACAUGUGGGACCGCCUGUCCGCCAUCACCAUGCCCAGCGUGGCUCGCCACACCAUGCAGACCAUCCGCUCCAUCGGCUACUACCGCAACAUAUACAACCCCCCAGAGAGCAACGCCUCCAUCAUCACCGACUACAACGAGGAAGGGCUGCUCCUGCAAACGGCUUUCCUGGGGACCAGCCGCAGGGUCUUAUUCAAAUACAGAAGGCAGACCAGGCUCUCGGAAAUUUUAUAUGAUAGCACAAGAGUCAGCUUUACCUAUGAUGAAACAGCAGGAGUCCUCAAAACAGUAAACCUCCAGAGUGAUGGUUUUAUUUGCACCAUUAGAUACAGGCAAAUUGGCCCCCUGAUUGACAGACAGAUUUUCCGCUUCAGUGAAGAUGGGAUGGUAAACGCAAGAUUUGACUACAGCUAUGACAACAGCUUUCGAGUGACCAGCAUGCAGGGUGUCAUCAAUGAAACCCCACUGCCCAUUGAUCUCUAUCAGUUUGAUGAUAUUUCUGGCAAAGUUGAGCAGUUUGGAAAAUUUGGAGUAAUAUACUAUGAUAUUAAUCAGAUCAUAUCCACAGCUGUAAUGACUUACACAAAGCACUUCGACGCUCACGGCCGCAUCAAGGAAAUUCAGUAUGAGAUAUUCAGGUCACUCAUGUACUGGAUUACAAUUCAAUAUGAUAACAUGGGUCGGGUAACCAAGAGAGAGAUUAAAAUAGGGCCCUUUGCCAACACCACCAAAUAUGCUUACGAGUAUGACGUCGACGGACAGCUGCAAACAGUGUACCUCAAUGAAAAGAUCAUGUGGCGGUACAACUACGACCUGAACGGAAACCUGCACUUACUGAACCCGAGCAACAGCGCACGUCUGACGCCCCUCCGCUACGACCUGCGGGACAGAAUCACCCGCCUGGGAGAUGUUCAGUACCGGCUGGAUGAGGAUGGUUUCCUACGUCAGAGAGGCACAGAAAUCUUUGAAUACAGCUCCAAGGGGCUUCUAACCCGAGUCUAUAGUAAAGGCAGUGGCUGGACGGUGAUCUAUCGCUACGACGGCCUGGGGAGACGGGUUUCUAGCAAAACCAGCCUAGGGCAGCACCUGCAGUUUUUUUACGCUGACCUCACUUAUCCUACCAGGAUUACUCAUGUCUACAACCACUCAAGCUCAGAAAUUACCUCCCUUUAUUAUGAUCUCCAAGGACAUCUUUUUGCCAUGGAAAUCAGCAGUGGGGAUGAAUUCUACAUCGCAUCCGAUAACACAGGGACGCCACUGGCUGUCUUCAGUAGCAAUGGGCUGAUGCUCAAACAGAUUCAGUACACUGCGUAUGGCGAAAUCUACUUUGACUCCAAUAUCGACUUUCAGCUGGUAAUUGGAUUUCAUGGUGGCUUAUAUGACCCACUCACCAAAUUAAUCCACUUUGGAGAAAGAGAUUAUGAUAUUUUGGCAGGGCGAUGGACAACACCUGACAUAGAAAUCUGGAAAAGAAUUGGCAAGGACCCAGCUCCUUUUAAUCUGUACAUGUUUAGGAAUAACAACCCUGCAAGCAAAAUCCAUGAUGUGAAAGACUACAUCACAGAUGUUAACAGCUGGCUGGUGACAUUUGGCUUCCAUCUGCACAAUGCUAUUCCUGGAUUCCCUGUUCCCAAAUUCGAUUUAACAGAACCCUCCUAUGAACUUCUGAAGAGUCAGCAGUGGGAUGAUAUACCGCCCAUUUUCGGCGUGCAGCAGCAAGUGGCGAGGCAAGCCAAGGCCUUCCUGUCGCUGGGGAAGAUGGCCGAGGUGCAGGUGAGCAGGCGCAAGGCCGGCGGCGAGCAGUCGUGGCUGUGGUUCGCCACGGUCAAGUCGCUCAUCGGCAAGGGCGUCAUGCUGGCCGUCAGCCAGGGCCGCGUGCAGACCAACGUGCUCAACAUCGCCAACGAGGACUGCAUCAAGGUGGCGGCCGUGCUCAACAACGCCUUCUACCUGGAGAACCUGCACUUCACCAUCGAGGGCAAGGACACGCACUACUUCAUCAAGACCACCACGCCCGAGAGCGACCUGGGCACGCUGCGCCUGACGAGCGGCCGCAAGGCGCUGGAGAACGGCAUCAACGUGACCGUGUCGCAGUCCACCACCGUGGUCAACGGCAGGACUCGCAGGUUCGCUGACGUCGAGAUGCAGUUCGGCGCGCUGGCGCUGCACGUGCGCUACGGCAUGACCCUGGACGAGGAGAAGGCGCGCAUCCUGGAGCAGGCGCGCCAGCGCGCGCUCGCCCGGGCCUGGGCGCGCGAGCAGCAGCGCGUGCGCGACGGCGAGGAGGGCGCGCGCCUCUGGACGGAGGGCGAGAAGCGGCAGCUGCUGAGCGCCGGCAAGGUGCAGGGCUACGACGGGUACUACGUACUCUCGGUGGAGCAGUACCCGGAGCUGGCCGACAGCGCCAACAACAUCCAGUUCCUCCGACAAAGCGAGAUCGGCAAGAGGUAACGGCCGGGCCUCGCGCCGGCCGCCGCGGAGCCGACCUCACUGGUUUGCUGCAUUUCUCUUGAGCCUAAACCACACACCCUUGCGCAGAGCUUUCUGUAGCACAAUCCCGAUUGGACUCUCGGACACAGAAGAGCCUUCCAGGAGAACCGAUACUGUUAACAAAACAAAAACAACCCACACACACACACACCCAAAACAGAAACAAAGACCACUUUUUUGUUUUUCUGAAUGACCUUCAAGGUGAUGGGCUUUAAAGAAUAUGUUUACAUAUGCAUAUCGCUGCACUCAGUUGGACUGAAAGUAUUGAGAAAAAAAAUCGUAAAGGAAGAAAGGCCUAUACGUUUUGCUGUGGGCCGUGGGUUCCUUUGCGGCACUGUAUUUAACCAAGUACAAAAUGCAUACAGUGUUUCCAAAUAGUAUGGCGUUGUCGACCUUUGCUUACAAGUAGUCUCUGCGUAGGAUGUGAUAUAUAUCUCUGUUCAUUUUAACAUGUGGGGCAAAGUUACUGUUUAUAGACAACCCAGUUGUGCUCUCUGUGCUGCUUUGUAAAAGGACAUUGGCACAAGUGACUUCUGCUACGGCGGGGGAUUUAAUAAUGGAUUUUACAAUGCUGACGUGGUUUGCCUUGGGGAGAAAACUGGCCAAUAGAAUCCCUUAUCACUGAUAAGCAAAGGAAACCCUGAUUUUUUUGUAAAUUAUGUGAGACAAGUUGUUUAUGGAUUUUUAUAUGAAUUACAAUUUACUGUACAUCAAAUAUUAGUCUCAGAGGAGUUAAUUUAUGUAAAGUGUUUAAAAAGUUUAUACUUAAAAAAUAAAAUGAUAAAAACAUGUGAACUGUGUGAUUUUUUUAAAAGGAUUGCACCUUUUGUUAUCUGUUAUAGCUGUACAGUAUAAAUUAUUAUAUUGUAGAGAUAUAACAACUUAUGCCUAUAAUGUCCAGAAGUGUUAAUAUUUUUGUAUUAGGUUGAAAAAAAUGUGCAACUUUCUAUCACUAGAUGGGUAGGACAGUGCAAUCCUAAGUGGGUGGCCAAUCAGAGAACCGCUCCUUUCUCUUCCUUCUCUUUUUCACUGAGCCAGUGUCCUCGAACAUGACCCACUCAGAGGCACAGGACAACAUCAAGGCUGGUGGAAUGUAGACGAAGGCCGAAAAGAACUGGGGAGGAGGGGUUUUCUGGCCCUCUCUCAGCCCCUAGAGUCAAAGGGGAGUUGAUAGGAUCAGCUGCAGAGCUGUUACUGUUACCAUUCCUUGAAGCUCCAUUUCCUGAUGGAGGCGGGACCACAUCGGAUGUCUGGGAACCAUUUGUAGGAAGAAAAUGUUCCGAUGGCGAUGUGACCACAAGCAAGUGUCUUAAGAGCUAGCAAAGAUUACCAAAACGGGGCAGUGCUGAGCAAGCCAGAGGGAACCUGGCAGGGUCACUCUGCUGAUCAUGGCUUUGGACCCUGAGGGCAAUCAGAGGGACAGAAAGAAAAAAAAAAGAAAGAAAGAAAAAAGUUGGCAGGUGGGGAGAACAAAAGCUCCCUGACCCCAUGUGACCCAGCCGUCUUGGGAGCUGGUUUGAAUGGCAGCCUCUGCUCGCUCUGGGGGGUGGCAGACCCAGCUGGAAGUGAACUUGACAGCCCUGCCCUCCUGCACGUGUGCUUGAACGCUGGGCGCGCGUGGCAGCCAUCUGCACUUCCGUGCCGGCUCAGCCGCCCUGACGAAUCUCUUUCGAGCACUACAUUCAGCCACAAAAAUAUUUUUAGAAAAUAUUUCUCAGUUCAUUGAGCUAUAGUACACACUGUUUUCCUCUAUGUUAUAAUGGUGAUAAAAUAUAGCAAGUGAACAUGUCGUAAAUAGAGAGGUUCAAGUGAUGUAUUGAAAAUACUUUUCUAACUGCUUUGUAUGUAUCACAUACUCUAAAUUGCACAGUAGGCGUGUUUAUUAAACAGAUUGGCUGGGAAAGUUUCAAAAUAGCUACUGAAUUUACAGUAUCAGUGCUAUUACUGUCUUUGUGUAUUUGGUAGAGCAUACCAAGGUAAUUAAUCUUCUAAUGAAUGCUGAUAUUUUAUUAGAAUGAAAGCACAGAUUAGCAUUAAUAUUUUUUAUCCUGGAAAUCCUUUGGCAAGUACUACAAAGCCCAAAUUUAGAAAACCAUGAGAUUUCAAACCACAUAAACAUGGCUCUGUUUUACAUUUUAUUUUCUAACUGUUAACUUAGGUAUUUGCAGUUCUGUUCAGAGGAACUUCCGCAGGACUGUGUUUAGCAUGCUGUAAGUACUUUUGGGUGAAAUAGGCUCUGACAAUGAGUUCUCAGAAGCAUUUCUGAUGUGUUGACCCUGAAAACCUUGUGCCACACGACAGAAAGGAUAACCAUAGUCUGUACCUCUUCUUAACAUGGACUGCUCGUUCCACAGGCACCAUAAAUCACAGAUUCGGAGUAUCUCCUGGUGCUUAUUUUAGUUGAAGUGAAAUCAACCCAAUUAGUGUCUUGUUAGUAGGUAAUACGAGCCUAUUUCUUUCUAAAAAGACUUGUGAUCUGGACAUGCUUUUACAAGAAAUAGUGACCUUGGGUAAUAUGUAAACAAAAGAUCUUUUUCUAAGAGUUGGGGGUGUGGGUGGGGGACUGUAUAAAUGAAAAGAAUUCGCUUACAAAAAAAAGAAAUUAAUAUUCAAAGUAUUUUAGGCAAAGCCAGUCAAAAUGCUUUCAUGAUAUUUUGAGAUGUAAAUUUUGUCUGAUUUGUAUUGUUCUUUUAAUUUGCCUUCUUAACUUUAUAUGUGACCUGAAUUUUCCAUAACUUGAUGACUAUAGAUUGCAUCUAGGCAUUCCAAUAAAAGCCAACCCAAUGUG